AUAAAAUGCAAAAAUAAUAAAUAAAUAAAACCUGAUCACAUCAGUCUCCAUCAUCAAAUAUCACUCUGGUGUUGGGCUUUCUACAUGAUUUAUGUACAACUGAUGCUUUAAGGGAAGAACAGUAAUUGAGCAAUUUGUCCAGCGUAGCAUUCUGGUAUUAAUUACAUUUGGUUCAUUAGGUUGCAAAGUGCAGGUAAGAAACAUGAAAGGUCUGCAGGUGCAGCACCAGUGACUAAUCAGUCGCCAUUAUCCUGAUGGUGACAAAGGUCUCAACCCGAGGGACAUGCUGGAUGCUGCGAUUACUUCUCGUUAGAUGCAGCAAGAACCCAAUAAAUAAAUAAACAGUAUCAUGUUUUCAUUACUGAGGGGUGAUUUGAAGUUUUUAAGCAACGACUAUCCAAAAAAAGGUGAGUCAUCAUUUAGAAAAUGACUAAAAUUGCUAAACACAAUGGCCAAAUUUCAGCUCCUGCAGUUUUGGUGUUGAAUAACAAAACAGUUUGGGACACCGAGUACUCAGCGAGGCUGUAUGGAAACAAACAGUGUCCUGAACAGAUGUGAUUAUGAGGAUUAGGACUUACUACGUCUCUGCUCUCGCCCCUGACCCUCUCUUUUAUUCAGUAGGAGGGAAGAGACCGGCAACAGGUCCCGCAGUACUGUACGACUUGUACGUCAGCUAGCAAACGGCUCUUUCAGUAAAUCCAUACACAUUAUCUCACAUGGAGGCAGACAGCAGACAUUAGCUGCUGCUGUUCUUUAGGACGAUUCAUUUUCAGGAGUAUAAAAAAGAUGAUUAGGACCAUGAUUCAGCAUGCGAAGAAACAUCCAGGGUUAAUCCCUCAGUUUUUCUUCAUGACUCUGGGAAUCUCCGGGGCUUCGCUUUACCUGAUCCGACUGGCAAGAGGACCCCAUGUCAGCCUCUGGGACAAAAAGAACAACCCUGAGCCGUGGAACAAGCUUGAUCCAACCUAUCAGUACAAGUUUCUGGCCGUCAACACGGACUACAAGAGCCUGAAGAAAGAGGGACCUGACUUCUAAAGGUCCUCCAGGCAACUCCAGGGGCACCACGUUUAGCAGGACCUCCACUACUCCAGUUGUCGCCUCACUGAUCUGAUGUUUUCUGGAUUUUUCCUCUGCCUCACCCUGAGCUUUGCAAAAGCAACCCGAAAACAAAGAGAAAAACUAAAAGAUCACACAGGAUGGAAAUAAUCGGAUAUACUGAAAAGAAAUUUUCAAGCACCAAGUGUUCAAAAAAUCGUUUAGAGCUCCAAAAGCUUGACUGUAGAAGAAAUAAUGGCAUUUUUUACAUCUACGUGUACGUUGGAUGUUAGUAGAGGCCAAUGUCAAUAAAUCUGAAACCAUUGUGAAGAUGUUGAGUGUAAAAUGGAGCGGGCAUGUGAGACAGACAUUUAAUUUAUUGUUUGAGGAAACCAAACAGAAAGGGUCGAGUGGAAUUAGCAUGGUUUUCUAUGUGCAUACUGACUUUUGAAACUUUUCCCACAGCACAUAAUUAAAUGAUACAGACUUUCCUAAAUGAGUUUAAAGGCUCCAGAUCAUGCUAUUGUAAACAACUGAGAGCAAAGGUAGGCAGAGUAUAAUAAAAUAGUACCAUUGGCGCUACUGAGAUGUCAUAUACUAUCUUAAAGUCACGUUGGCAGUUUUGCUUGCUUUUAGCACCCCCAAAGUCCAUUAGUAUUCUCUGUGGUUAGAUCGAAAAUAAAACGUGUCUGGUCGCGGUGCAUUCGUCUUUCAAACACUCUAAUCUAACUGCUGAAAUGUUUCCUCAGCCUUCAUUAGUUUCUACAGGAGUGGUUCAUCACUAAAUGAAACAAAUCAGCUGUGUUCAUCAUGUAAAACAUGCAGGAAAUGUGCUGAAGGCAGACUGCAGUACCAGGUAUGUCAGCAGAUUUUUCAACAGGUGGCAGACCACCACUCUGAAGUUGCAAGUGCGGUACUCUGGCCACAGAUGGUGGUAGGGGUCUGAGUGGCAUUUUAUUAACUCUGUAAAGGAUCGCUUUAGCACAUACUGACUCAAGAAAAUGAUUUAAAUUCAUGAAAAAGUUCCACGCUAUCUCUUUAAAUAUGAACCAUUUUCGUCAGCCUGAAUGUAUACCCCAAAAUAAAAUGGCUCGUGUCAGUGAAGCUCUGCCCAUGCCCGCUCUGACGAAAACACACCUACAACAGCAUCUCAGGGAUAGCAUCUGUUGUACUGACUUUGGUAGUCCAGCGGUUUAUGUGGAUUUUCUAUAAUAUGGCACCUUUAAUGCAAGUUAUUGAGUUUUGUUUGUUGUCAAAUCUUGAAAAAUUUGUUCGAUCGCAUCCAAUUUGGCAAAACCUUAAGAGAUCACUUGCUUAGAUUUUUGUUAUGAACGACUCCCAAUGGGCCGCGUGGUGCUGCAGUUGGAAACAUUGUUGACCCGCAACAAGAAGUUUGCAGGUGCAAAUCCUGGCUUCAGUAUUAGAGUUUGCAUGUUCUCCCCUUGCAUAAGUUUACUCUAAGUACUCUGGUUUUCUCCCACAGUCCAAAAACACACAUGGCCCUAGGUGUGAGUCAAAGUGUGCUGGGUGUUCUCCGCCUCCCUCUCUACGACUGUAGUUAGUCACCAGCUCCCUCAACGUUACUGAGGAAUAAGCGAUUCGAAUAAUGAAUGAAUGACACAAACCAUCCUCUUCUAGUACUUUCAAAACUUAUUUCAAAACUCCGAUACAGAGUUUGUUUUUUUCUCAACAUGUCCAUUAUGGAAAAUGUAAAGUAGUAAGUACUGUUGAAACUGUGGGAGGUAAAUAACUUGUGUCAACUGUCAGAUUAUUCAAGAACACAAGUGCUUGGAUAACCAGCUGUGCUGUCCCAACCGAAGUCUGCAGACGUGAUAUAAAUCUGUUACCUUAACGUGACACUGAGACGAGUUAAUCUCUUCAGCAGAGACGGCUUUAAUAGAAGCAGCCACAGCUACUUUACCAGAGUCGUCUUCACGGUCAUAGAAACUGUAUUUGUGAGCGAACCGCAGUAACCUGUGAACUGAUGCUGAGGUGUUGUCACGAAUGUAAACAAGGAUGGAAACAGAGGAUCAACCUUGAUGACAAAGACACAAAUUAAAUAUUUCAGAUUUCUGUUUUUCCAAUCAAAUCAGGGUUUUGUGAUGCAUUUAAUGUUACA